ACUUAAGUCAAGAGAGAAAGCCCAACUUACAUGCAAUACUUAUUGUAUCAUUCAUCGGUCUUGCUACCUAAGCAACACUAACACCAUAUCUGAUCCAAAUACUCAGGACACACACGGACCAAGGACUUACAUAGGAGGGCCGGAUUAUACCUCUUCAGACAUGAAUUACAUGGACGUCCAAAAUAUCGUGGGGAUCGUGUUCACUGUAGUGCUUGGACUAGCUGUUAUCGCGGGCCUUGUAUUAUUUGUUUCCCUUCUCCGAAAGACAUCCAGAGGCUAUCAUGACCCCAUUCGCCGAUGGGUGGCCAUCACCAAAGCUGCCAUGGGGCUUUGGCUAUUCGCCGAACUCAUUUAUGUCAUUGUCAGCAUCAUCUCCUUCGCAAACGGGAGCUCCUAUGACUACUACUCCUCACUGGCCAAGUUUAUCUCGUACACCACGAGCAUCCUAUCUUGGAUGCUCGACGUCAGCCAGGCCUUGACUUUCUUGGCACUCUUCUAUCUCGCCCGGGCUAUCACACUCCUCCGCACCGACGAGACCUCAAAACGUUAUCGAAUCGGCAAGAAAUUCUCUGUCGGCGCAGUCAUCUUAAUCUCACUGCUCAGCUUCACGGGAAUGUGCCUUUGGAUCUCCACCAGAAACGCUUAUUAUUCUUCUUGGGUCUAUGAAAGUGGCGAAUACCAGAGCGUGAUGAUGAGAAGAUUGGUGGCUCAGAUUUUCGACCUCGUGAUUGGCAUCUUUAACCUCUUGUGCGCCAUUGGCGCCGUCACAUACGUUGCCCUGGUCCGCAAGAACGCCCUCAAGGGUCCUCUGCACAAGGCUUCGAACCUUGCGCUCGCAAUCAGCAUUGUGUGGCUUCUCCGUGGAGUUUGGUCGCUCUUUAUGUCGCUUUACUCGAGAUACGGAUACGUCUUCUACGACAGCGACACCAACAUCUGGUUCAACGUUAUCUCGAUAGUCAUCGGCAUCUUGGGCGCAUUCGCAGUUUAUGUCAUGCUCUACUUACUGGCCACUAAGGACAAGUACGGCCUAAACACGCGCGGAGAACUGGCGCAGCCCACGAAGUUGGAAGAUGAAGAGGCUUUGGGAGCCCACAUUACCACUGCCAACAGAAGAUCUUCAGUUGUGUGAUGACAUCUUGGGUAGUCAGCAAAGCGCGGACUGUCCAUCCGGAGAUCUGUUCUUGCUGGUAGGACCUAAGGGGGCGCGACGGAUACGCCUGGUUGUGAUUGC